AUGUAUCGAGUUGCUGGGCAAGGACACCCCAUCCGACGUCCAGCCCGCCAAGCCCCGCCUCUAGGGCCGUUCCAAGGCGUCCUCGUGACUUCGUCAUCUCCUCUGCCUCGCUCGUCACCGCUGGCUUGUGAAGACCGGCUGGACUUGCUAGUUUGGACGCGUCCGGUCAACACCAGCAGGCAACCAAUAGGUACAAGAGCCAAAGCUUCGGCCGCCGCCAUUGCCUCAACUCAAGCAAACUUGGAUAGUGGCGCCAGACGGGCCCUGCAAACCGGCAGCCUACAUAUCGCCAUCGUCAACGUCCUAGACCUCAAGAAACCAUGCGCCGCGCAAAUUUCUACAUUGGCACAACAAGCGAGCCUCACAGAAAGCGCCCAAGGAGAGGAGCCCCAUAACACACGAUAA